GACGCCGCCAGGGGGCGGGCCCUGGGCGCGGCGGCCCGACUGUCUCGGCGGCGGCGGCGGCGGAGAGAGCGAGGAGCUGCGCCACCAUGGGGGCCCAGCUGAGCACGUUGGGCCACGUGGUCCUCUCCCCAGUCUGGUUCCUCUACAACCUGCUCAUGAAGCUGUUCCAUCGCUCCACCCCGGCCAUCACCCUUGAGAGCCCGGACAUCAAGUACCCGCUGAGGCUCAUCGACAAGGAGGUUAUCAACCAUGACACCCGGCGGUUCCGCUUCGCCCUGCCGUCGCCCCAGCACAUCCUGGGCCUCCCUGUCGGCCAGCACAUCUACCUCUCGGCUCGAAUCGAUGGAAACCUGGUCAUCCGGCCCUACACUCCCGUCUCCAGCGAUGACGACAAGGGUUUUGUGGACCUGGUCAUCAAGGUGCUUCAUGGUGGAGGGACCGGCAGAGACCCCCUCUGGGCCAGAGCUGAGGCCCAGGGGCUGUGA